AUGGCUGAUUCACUAUCUGUUAACGUUGAUUCUUCAUUCAAGUCUGAAUUUUCCACUGAACAAAAACGCAUAAGUACCCAAGAGGCUCAAUACUCUCCAUCUAACAUCCAAAAGGCUAUUGCUGAGGUGGUUGGUACAUACAUUCUUAUAUUUGCAGGCUGUGGAGCCGCUCUUGUUAAUGAGAAAUUGCCAAUUACAAUAUUAGGCAUAGCAAUUGUUUCGGGUCUGGCUCUCACGGUGGCUAUAUAUUCUGUUGGUCAUGUCUCUGGUGGUCAUUUCAAUCCUGCAGUUACAGUUGCUUUGGCUGCUGUUAGAAAAGUUCAUUGGAAACUUGUGCCUGUUUAUGUGUUGUGCCAGAUGAUGGGUGCUACACUGGCCCCUCUCACCCUCAAAGUGUUGUAUCAUGACAAGGUGGAUAUUGGAGUAACAGUAACUAAAUACUUGAGCUCAACUUCUGAUCUCGAAGCAAUUGUGUGGGAAUUCAUAAUCACUUUCAUACUGAUGCUCACCAUUUGUGGUGUUGCUACUGAUCACAGAGGGAGCAAAGAUCUCACUGGAGUUGCGAUAGGCAUUGCUAUUAUAAUUAACAUCAUUAUUGCCGGGCCUAUUACUGGAGCUUCAAUGAAUCCAGCAAGGAGUUUUGGCCCAGCUAUCGUAUCUGGUGAUUACAAACACAUUUGGGUUUAUAUCACAAGCCCAACUCUGGGAGCAGUCACCGCAAGUGCACUUUACAAAUUGCUAGAAGUAACCAAACCAACUAAACCUGAACCAUGUCAUUGUAACAUGUGCAAUCAUAACCAUUUACCUUUAUAA